AACCCAACUGGUGGAUGAGUUUCAUAAACCGGUUAUUACAAUUUACAACUGAGACCGUUAAGCGUACGGAUUUGCCCAUGGUCGGCUAGAGUAGAGAAAGUGGUAGAUCUCACUCUGUUUAGUACUUCCAGUAGUUGCAAGCCUUUUCAUGUACAUACCUCGAAUCUCACUCGAAGAAACCCUAAUUUCCUCACGCCAAUAAUACAAAUAUAAACUCAAUUCAAUUCUAAGGAUUGAGUCAACAAAAAGCCCUAAUUUUGAACCUUUCCCCACUGUGAUAGUUUCACCCAUUUUCUUUCUGGUUUUUGUACGCUGAAUUGAAAUGUAUUCGCUCUGAGUCUUGUAGAUUCGAUUUUGUAAAUUGAAGUUGCAAGAAAAUGAGGCGAAGACCUACGGAUUUUCGGCGGCCGGUGAGGCGGAGAUUUUCGAAUGUGUUUUGGUUCACUUUAUGCGGAUUGAUGAUUCUGUUCUUCAUUGUUCUAUUAAGUCGAGAUAGCCAACCGACGUCCAGAUCGGUGUUAACUAAGAGAUCUUACAGGAAUGACAGGAUUUUAGAAGGCCUUAACAUUACUGAAGAAAUGUUGAUCCCUGAGUCAGUCACAAGGCAAAUUAGUGAUCAAAUUUCUCUUGCAAAGGCCUUUGUUGUGAUUGCAAAAGAAAGCAACAAUCUCCAAUUUGCAUGGGAAUUGAGUGCUCAGAUCCGUAAUUCGCAGAUCCUUCUCUCAAAUGCUGCGCAAAGGAGAACUCCUUUGACUACCAGAGAAUCAGAAACUGCAGUUCGUGAUAUGGCUCUUUUGCUCUACCAAGCCCAGCAACUCCAUUAUGACAGUGCAACCAUGAUCAUGAGACUAAAAGCCAAAAUUCAGGGUGUUGAAGAACAGAUGAAUUCUGUGAGUGAAAAGAGUUCGAAGUAUGGACAGAUAGCUGCCGAAGAAGUCCCAAAGAGCUUAUAUUGUCUUGGUGUUCGUUUAACAACUGAAUGGUUCAGAACCUCAAAUUUACAAAGGGAACUUGAUGAGAAAAGACAUAUAGCCAUGAAACUUAAAGAUAACGAUCUUUAUCAUUUCUGCGUCUUCUCAGACAACAUCCUUGCAACUUCAGUUGUGGUCAACUCAACUGCUUUAAAUUCCAAAAAUCCUGAUAUGGUUGUCUUCCACCUCGUCACCGAUGAAGUGAACUAUGCAGCAAUGAAGGCGUGGUUCUCCACAAACAGUUUCCAAGGAGUGAUUGUUGAUGUCCAAAAGAUUGAAGAUUUUAGCUGGUUAAAUGCUUCUUAUGUUCCUGUUCUUAAACAGCUCCAAGACUCUGACACUCAGAACUAUUAUUUCUCGGGCAACAACGACAACGGCCGGACUCCAAUCAAGUUUCGGAACCCUAAAUAUUUGUCUAUGCUUAACCACCUCAGGUUCUAUAUUCCGGAAGUUUUUCCUGCAUUGAAGAAGCUAGUAUUUCUUGAUGAUGAUGUCGUGGUUCAGAAGGAUCUGUCAGCUCUAUUCUCCAUUGAUCUGAAUGGGAAUGUUAAUGGUGCAGUCGAGACUUGCAUGGAGACAUUUCAUAGAUACCACAAGUACUUGAAUUACUCCCACCCUCUUAUACGACCACAUUUUGAUCCGGAUGCAUGUGGGUGGGCAUUUGGUAUGAAUGUUUUUGAUUUGGUUGAGUGGAGGAAAAGAAACGUAACCGGCAUCUAUCACUAUUGGCAGGAAAAGAAUGUCGACAGGACGUUGUGGAAACUUGGUACACUUCCACCUGGACUGCUGACCUUCUAUGGAUUGACGGAGCCAUUAAAUCCAACAUGGCAUGUGUUGGGGUUGGGCUAUACAAAUGUUGAUCCUCAGUUAAUAGAGAAGGGGGCUGUACUGCACUUCAAUGGGAACUCGAAACCAUGGUUGAAGAUUGGGAUGGAGAAGUACAAACCUCUUUGGGACAAGUAUGUUGAUUAUUCUCACCCUCUAUUGCAACAGUGCAAUGUUCAUUGAUCUCCAAUGUGGACGUUUCAUCUCUUCCACGGCAUAAUUGUUGCAUCAGAGGACUGAAAAUGAAAUCAAACAGUGUUUGUGAUUGUAACAUGGGUAUUGGACUGGUGUUCAACUUGUAGUGUAUUUUUUCAAAUGAUAAUUUAAAGAUAUUCAUGACAGGUUUUAUUCGUAACAACUUUUUUGGUCAACAUUACGCAAAUAUAGUUCUGAAGCUGCUUGCUUCAGCUGCGAUUCAUUUUA